AUGAGUAUAGUCUUGCGCCCUGCCGGAUGGACUGAGGGGGCCAUCAUGUACGCCAAAGGGGCCGACACGGCAAUGCUGCCACUGCUUUCGAGCUUCGACGGCAUGCUGCAGGAAAGCAGAACCGGCGCAAAGUACGAGGGAGGUCCAGACCCGCAGGACACACAGUAUGCUGAGUCGCGUUUUAGCAGGUCAACGACGAGCAUGAGAGAUGGAGCGGAUCGCCAGAACUUCCCACGAGUAGCUCCUGCAGGUUCUGUGGCCUACAACACGCCCCAUGAAGCAAGCCAAAAUUUUGCUUUUAGCAGCGAGCAGGCAGAGCCCUUCAAGCCCUGUCCCGCCCCUGAAAGCCGUGUGGAAGCAGACGUUGAGCUAGUUGAGCAGCAUCUGAAGGUCUUCUCGCUUCAAGGUUUACGCACCAUGGUUCUCGCUUGUAAGUACAUGAGUCAGGAUGAGACUGACGCAUAUCAACGCCUCUACAAUGACGCGUGUUCCUCGGUUUACAGCAGAGAAGAGCGUCUCGAGCAGGUGGCGGAGCAGUUCGAGCGGGACUUAGAGUACCUUGGCAUCACUGGAGUCCGGGACAAGUUGCAGGCCUAUGUGCCUGAGACACUUGAGCUCAUGAUGGAGGCCGGCAUCCGCGUGUGGAUUGCUACGGGUGAUGACGUCGAGUACGCUUUGCAUAUUUGUCAUAGCUGCCGACUUCUCACUAGCCAUACAAAGGUGUUCCACGCGGCUCUUGCCACAAGAGGCAAGCGAGCCAAACGGGAAGGAAUGUUGCUUUACGACAUGUUUCGAGAGGCGCGGAUACUUAAGCGUGCUGACGAACAUAUUUGCCUUGUCGUGACAGGGCCAAAUCUAGCGGCCUUCCUGAACCACCCAGAUUUGCAGACCUGCUUCCUAAACAUGGCGUGCUGUUGUGACGUCGUGGUGGCGGCGCGUGUGACACCGACUCAGAAAGCAGACAUGGUUCGGCUAGUGAAGAAGCGAUUAACACCGCAACCGAUUACUUUGGCCAUUGGUGACGGGAGCAAUGACGUGCCAAUGCUUCAGGAGGCGAGUGUGGGCGUGGCUAUUCGCACCGAACGAGGCACGUCAGUGGCAGGCUUUGCGGACUUUGCCAUCUCCGAAUUCAGGUUCUUGCAGAGGCUCCUCUUUGUUCAUGGGCGCCUCAAUUUUUUGCGCAUCUCUAAGGUCAUUCUGUGGACGUUUUUCAAGAGCAUUUUGCUAUCUUUUCCGGUGUUCUUGUUCCAGCCCAGUGCAUUCUGGUCCGCUGUGGAGCUCUUCGACCCGGUAUUGUAUAUGCUGGCGAACUUCCUCUGGACAGUUUUGCCAGCGAUUGUUUAUUCGUUUUCGGAACAAGACCUGCCGGAGCACUUACUACCCUCAAUUCCUGUUCUUUAUACCUUGGGAAGGCGCCGUCUAUACUUCAACGGGUUUACUUUUAGCUUUUGGACCGUUGAGGGAAUAAUUUACUCUUUGCUGACUUAUUACAUAUUGCAGGCAGCAUGGAUGGACUCGAAUGCAAUCCCUGGCGGCCAAACAAUGGGGUUCUUCUCAUUUGGUGCUAUUCUGCUCUUCGGCUUGAUAAUUCAAAGCAACUUGCGCAUGUUGAUGGAGACACACUUGUGGACUCCGACCUUUAUAUUAACUACCGUGGGCCUGUGCACACUUAUAUAUAUCCCUGUUUUGUACGUCUACUCUGCCAUUGGAUGGCCAUCGCGAGGCAUGUUGGGAGUUGCAUCCGAAGUUUUCGCCUGGCCACUACUGUAUUUUGUUGUGUUGCUUUGGAUUGGCGUUGGCAUAAUGCUGCAGGUCUUGUUAGCGGGUGUCAAGUCGUCCCUCUUCCACAACAUUGCGAACAACGUGAAGCAUUGGUUGGCACAGCGACAAGCAGAGCAUGAUAAAAGACGACGGGUCACAGGCUUACCUUUCGGGGAGCCUCGUCUUCGGCUUCUUCCCGGUGGUCAGGACGAGUACGGGCCUUUCUGUGGAACCAGCAGCUUGCUAUCAGCCGUGAAGAGACUGUUGUGGGUGUGCGGUUUUGGAGCCUGUCUACCAGCUCCGGGACCCGUACACCAGCUGGUGGACCGUCGUAUUCUCGCCUUUCUCCGGGACAAAUUCAAUCCUCUACGUCACAGCGAAGUGUCCACCAAGUUACCACCCCCCAGGAGGUUCCGCGUGAACGAGAACUUCGUCACUUACGGUGGCGAUAAGAAGGAGAAAGACUUAGGAGCUCAAGAGAAAGACGGUGGAGGCUCACAUGGCCGAGGGGGAGGCGCUGCAGAUGACGUCUCAAUGGAUUCGAACUCUUCUGGAAUGUCUUUUGAAGGGGAUAAGCAUCGAGACCGAGUCAAGCUGGUCAAAGUUUCACAUCUGAUUAAUCGCUUUUCUCUCAAAUUCAAGGACAUGCAGCUGGAGGCAGAUUACCAGAUCCACCAGAAGAAGUCGUUUGUCAAGCGUCUUGUCCCUUGGUACCGCGUCAUCUUUGUGUUUUUGGGUCUUUACCGCAUUGUUGCGUUUCUUGCUGAAUAUUUUAUCGACGCGUAUUGGGGAACGGAGAAGCGGGUUACACCGUGGAUGUGCAUUCCGACAGUCAUAGUAGUUUUAGGGCUGCUCGGUGCAACCCUGUCUACGUUUGGCCAGUUCUUCAUGGAUCAUUUUUCUUUUGUCUUGAGCUCCGUCAUCUUUCUCAUGCUGGCCGAGCAUGUCACCCUGUACGCAGCUGCGAAAAUGGACGGCAUAUUGAGCUCACUGUUAUUUCCUGUGUUUACGUUUGUCAUACUGCGCAUUUCAUUCUUGCAAGCUGUGAUGUGGAACAUCUUCUUUGUCCUCGCCUUCACGAUUAGAUAUAUCAUUGGACAGAGUCAGAGCUACCUUUCUCUUUCGGACCUCUACGACCACCUGCCGCUUUUCCUUGGUUCCAUCGUUUUUGUUGGGUUUGUCGGGUAUCGUCUUGAGUACAACCAGCGAAAGUCAUUUUUGCUGGAUUACAGCGUGGAGGCGAGCAGGCGAAAACAGCGAGAAAUUUUGAACACCAUGCUUCCACCUUUUGUUGUUGAUCAGAUGAUAAACGCGCCUUUGAACGAAGAUGGCAUUCCGUCUACUUUGGAGGCAGAAGACCGCGGGACUGUAUCAGUAGUCUUUUGCGACGUCUAUGAGUUCCAGCAAGUAGUUGCAUCCAUCGAACCUACUCGGCUUGUUGAAGUGUUGGACUCCCUUUUCCUUUGCUUUGACAAAAGUGCAGAGCAAUUUGGUUGCACAAAGAUCGAGACGGUCUUCGAAACUUACCUUGCAGCCGCUGGACUCCAGCCAGGGAAGGGAAGCGAGUCUGAUACGUCUCAAACGGAUGCAGGGGAUGCGCUGGACAUGGCACUGGCGAUGUUAGAAGUCGCUGCUCAGAUCCGCUAUGAAGUGACCCGCGACCUCUCAAAUGCUGUGGGCACUAACGACGAAGAACAGGCACAUGCUGCUGCCAGGAUGAGUAGCUCUGUAAUGACACGACAGAAGACGGCAACAUUGAGAACGGUGUUGAGUUCCCGGCCACAACGCAUUCGUGUCAAAAUCGGAAUCAACUCAGGUCGCGUCAUCAGCGGAGUCGUUGGAGCCAAGAAGCCCCAAUAUGCGCUCUUCGGUGACACAGUCAAUACGGCGAGCCGUAUGAAAACUACUGGUCAGCCGGAUUACAUCCACAUUAGCGAGAGCACGUACGACCUUGUAAAGGAUGAUACUACACUCUUUUAUGAGGCGCGAAAGACGCCGGUGAAGGGAAAGGGCGACAUGAACACAUUCCUGCUCGUACGAGUAAUGGGCUCAUCUUACCCCAAUUUCGGCGAGGACGAGCGCUCACUUUCGGGGCCAUUAGGCAGCAAAGACGGCGCCCUCAAUCCCUUCGGGCAAGGCUCGGCGUCACUUGGUGGGGAAAGGAUUCCAACCGUGUGGCCUGGGGCAGCUAACGUUGGUCCAACGUCGAAUGAGGCCAUUAUACCCAGCGCCGCGUCUUUUUCGCGUGAAAGGCAGCACACGCAGGAGUUCCCAGGAUCGGUAGCGCAGUCGAUUCCAUCAACUCCGCGUUUGACACCUGGGUUGACUUCGCGCUCUUCACUCUCCGAAUCGAUAUCUCCUCCGGAGGGAUCGAGUCCGCGGACGCCUUCCAUUCAUUCUCUCGAACGUUCACUUUCCAGGGGCCAGCGCAGCUACUCAACUAUGUCCAGCUCCGAGGCAGGAGCCAUUAGCAUGACUCCGCAGCAGCUUACUCGAGCAUACGCGCGGCAGGAGAGUGUCUCCCGUGUUUUGGCCUUCGCACGUGACGGUCUGCAGACAGCCGUUAGGGAAUCUUCCGAGCUGAAGAGGCAAGAAAUUGCUCGUCAAGUUCACGCACAAAUCCUGCGUGAACAGCUUCACCAGGGAUCCAGUUCCGUGUGGUCCUCCCAGGAAGACAUGAGCGUCGGCAGCAACUGCUUGAGCACCAACGUAGCCUCCCUACCGCAGUUUCGCUACGCUGCUUCUCACACUGCUGAUAUCCGCAAUAGCUCCCGCAUUGGGAGAUCCAUUAGCAGCAGUACUCGCCAGUCUCCCCGCCAAACGGUUACGAAACGUGCGGUCAGCGAGAGUCGAGCUCUUGAAAUGCGGAACAGUAGAACUGAUAUCACAGAGCCUUCCCUCACAACCCAGGAUUCAUCAGGCCAACGUUCUCUCGGCAUGUGGCGAGCAGCGAACGAUCUGUUCGCUCAUAUUGGAACAGAAGCUCACGCCAAGAUUUCCGUGCUCCUAAAGGUGUUAGGAAACAGCGGAAAAGAAGAAGAACACGCUGCAGACAUAGGAAUAGAUGAUGAAGAUAACUUUGAGGCCAGGGAUGCGCGCAUUGGCGCGUCGCGAGAAAGCUUGUUACUGAUGAAGUUUAAGGACAAGAAUUUGGAGGCUCGGUACAGGACACACUUUUACAACAAUAAGUCCAAUAUCAACACUAUUGAGCAGGCUAUCAUCAUAUUUCUAGUUGCUUUUGCCGUCCAGACGCUGGUGCGGCUCUGCCUGCCGUGGAAUUACACUGAAGUGGUUGACGGCGUCAAGUACACAAUUAAGGUAUCCUCGCGGCUGUAUUGGGGAGUCCGCGCCACGUAUACUUGCGUUGCCUUUCUUCUAUGGAUCCUCUUCCACUACCGUAAUAGGGGCGAGGUAGCGUCGCGGCUCGAAAUCCGUUGGAUGGUAUUUUUGCUAAACAUUCUAUUUAUUUCUGCGGCCUGCGUGUUCGCCCUGAGCAACAGUUGGAGUACUGAAACAACAACUCGACAGUCGGCCACUAGCUUUUCAAGUGGAACUGCCGCUUCAGUGCUGUCUCCAGGGGUUGCCCUUGAGACAUCGGCUCUGGGAACGGACAUGCUGACGUACAUAGGUGGUAUUAGCAGCGUGCGAAUGCCUAGCAAUGUCGCCCAGCAGUCACCUGUUGCCUUCCUGACAGGAAAGUCUCCACGUUCAGGAUUGACUUACAAGGAAAACUGCCCGACUGGAGUGUGCCAGACUUCGUCGCCGACUGAAGAAGCGCCACUCAUAUGGCGGCGGCUGGGAGCCGAAAGUGGUUCUACAGAACCAUCCUCAGUUACCGUAACAGUGGAAGUUCCAGGGCAGAGAGGUGCAUCUUUUUGGUUAGUUGCGGAUAGCGUUGAGCUCUUCUUUUACGUCGUUAUUCUACACCACAACACGGGACUUCUUUUCCAAAACUGUAUUCUCUUCGACAUCUUGCUUCUCACCACGUGCUUGACCUUCAUUCUCACUGCAGCUGUUUCUACGUCUAACACCAUAGGGAUGGUCGUUAACUUCCCGUGCUACGUUUUUUUCAAUUUGGUUAGCGCCUAUUGGAAGGAAUAUAUUGAUAGGCUAACCUUUUACGUUAAUGAGCACGCGAAGACGACGGAGGGACGAGCAACGCAACUCCUUAACGACAUGUUGCCAAAACAAGUACUGGAGGAGUUUCAGCAGGAUAAGCUUCGGCUUGCCUACACGCAUGACAGAAUGACAUUUCUGUUUGCUGAUAUUUGCGGCUUCACGAGUUGGGCAAAGAAUGUCGACGCCUGCGAAGUGGUGACGAUGCUACAAAAACUCUUUGCCAAGUUUGACCGUGACAGCACCAAGUACAAGCUGUACAAGCUGUGCACUAUUGGUGACGCGUACGUAGCAGUCAGCGAACCAGUGACGGAAGAUAACGAGGACUACGACCCAGUGGAGGGCACUGGCUUGGUGCUAACUAUGGCUCAGUCCAUGAUCACCAACAUCCAGGAAGUUCGCGAAAGACUGAACAUUCCCAGUCUGAAUAUGCGCAUUGGCUUGCACUAUGGGACUUGUGUUGGCGGGGUGAUUGGAUCUGGGAGGCUGCGGUACGACUUGUGGGGGAUGGACGUUCUCACGGGCAACAUGAUGGAAAGCAACGGUCAGCCUGGAAAGGUCAAUGUUAGUGCAAUUCUCCGAGACUUCCUGUUAAAGCAUUUCCCUGGGAAGUUCCAAUUCCGAUUCAACAAGAGCGUGUGUGUCAUCAACAAGACAGUAGAUUCGUACAUCAUACACCCCGCAGGUGAAGCGACCGAUGAGGAUGCGAUAGCUCAGCCCGACGGGGCUGUGCUGCCCCCUCAAGGAGUUGCAGCACCAGUACCACGGCGAGACGAUUCUAGCAGACAAGACAUUCGCGGAAGAGUUUCUCGACGGGGGUCCAUUAUUGGUCUACAUCGCGCGCUUGGACGUAGAUGCAGCGUCCGCGGUGGCUUUGAGAGCAGCGCCCCGACAGAAUCUCCUCGCGUAAGUGGGCCCAGUGUCAGCAGGCCUGCAUCGCGAACCAGCAGCCGCCCUAGUCUUGUACCACAGGAGGAAGCCGUAGACGAGGGUUUUAACAGGCAACAGCGUGACGUGGAGGGUGUGGCAACUGGAGGUGCCGGUGGUGCCCCGGAGAACGUCGCAUUGCAGACACUGAAAAAGGCGAGCAGCGCGGGCCACUCAAGUGGCGUGGGCAUGCAACCUAUUUCUGAGGAAGGAGCAGCUCUCACGCCAAGUCCAGACUACAAUAGCGAGAGCUCUCCAGAAAUAUACUAG